GUGAGAGCAGAGCGCUCCAGCACCGCGUGGACAGCGGGAGGUAAAGCCGAGAGGGCGUAGAGGCUGAGUACCGGGCACUCGCAUCCCAGAUCGCAGGAGGAGCCCAGAGUCGCCGGGGCUUGGGACCAGCGCACUCUGAGCGCACAUCGCACACACCUCGGGGUCCUGCGCACGGCCGCCCGCGAUGAGCGAGAGCAGCCGCCUGUGCUCGGGCUACUACAGCCUCAACCGCAGCUUCGUGGAGCCCUUCCAGUGCCCGCGGCGGGGCGACGGGGCCGCACUGCUCUACUGCUGCGGCUUCGCAGACCUCAAGUACUGCUGCAGCGAGCCGGGCAGCUACUUCCCCUACAAGCACAGCUACAUGUGGAGCCUCAGUAUUGGUGCUCUGAUUGGAUUGGGAAUCGCUGCCCUCGUCUUACUUGCCUUUGUCAUCAGUGUCUGUGUCCUUUGCUACUUAUUUCUGUACACAAAACCUCAAAGAUUAGACAAUGGCCUUAAACUUCAGCACCUAGAGGUAUCUUCUACCCUAGAAGGCAAUGUAAACAGAAAAGCCAAAGGCCUCAUUUCAAAUGCAGCAUCAAAUUCAACAAAUGAGACCUUCUAUGAAGCUGAUGAUGUGACUCAAGAAAAAGCAAUGGAUACAACACAAAUCAAUAUUGUGUGUUAGCUAAAAUCUGUUUUGAAAACUUACUCAAGAGAGCAUUAAGAAUAAAGAAUGCAAAAAAAAGAAUAAAGAAUGCAAAAAAAAUUAAAUAAAAAUAAUGCAUUUUAUUUGUG